GCUAUAAAUAAAUUGUUAGGUGUAGCGUCCAUAUUGUGCCUGCAGAAAUGUGAUGCUAUAAAAUCUCUUCCAAACCCACGGUUUUAUUCAGUGAAUGUCUCAAACCAUCAGAUCACAAUGUUUGAUUGGAAUCGGUCAGUGGUUCUACUUAUUGUGCUGAUAAUGGUCACACCAGAGUCAUGUGAUUGUAGGCCUCGUCGAUGUAAAAAGAGCUAUAUGCUACCUAACUUCUCCGGGAGUUUAAGAACACACUGUGAGGAGACUCUACAUAAGUUGGAUUGCAGUGUUGGCCCAACGAAAAAUGUUAUCAAAGACACCACACUGCAAUGCGACAUCAAAAGAAGAAAAGGUUGGGAUGCGUACCAGAAAACACUUGGUGAUUUAAGUCGAUGUCAAUACGAAGACUGUGAACCUUCCCAGCUCGUUUCAUUACAAGUGGUCAGAAUAAAACAAAGGGAAUACCUUGAUGAAGUACAUUCGUGGCCGACUAUCCAGCUGAAUUUCACGAUACCAAACGCUACAGCAGACAGAGAGUUCUAUCCAGGAUCCACGUUGUUGCAGAUGGCAAGUGUUGAAGCUGAUGAACAUCGUGAUAGUGAAUUUCGAAGUUUCGUUCGACUCUUUCACUACCCAAAACACACUUCAUUGUCGCCUGAUAAUGCUAUUCAGAGAACUCUGCGUUUUCCGUGUUUUAUCGGAUUUCAACACGAACCCUGCCAAUCGGACAAGUACAAAGUCUACACGCUAACAUUGAAAUCGUUCUCCAAUUCCAAAACCAACGCAGGAAUAACAACUUUUACUGCACUAUCCUACAAAAUCACGAUAUACAAUUAUUACAUUUAUACACCAUACCUGUGGAAAUCCACCAUCGCUGUUGCUUUCUUUCCGGGAGAAAAAGACGUGACGUUUUUGUUUGACCCAGCACCAGUAUCAGUGACGUAUUAUCACGUCUCGUUGUUUAACGUUAAUGACAAUACAACCUACAGGCAUGGGAAUAUUGGACAGGCAACUAAACACUGUUUUAAGGACGUAAUGGACGGCACGUAUUAUAUCACAAUAAUGGUUAUAAGUGACGACCAUCAAUGCUCAGAGGGCUGUAAAUCAACGAAAUCGCAUAUUUUUACCGUUGGAAGUCCAAACGGAAAGAUAUUUGGGGUAAAAAAUUACGAGAGCAGUUCCCCGAAAAAUAUUAUAGAGAAAAACGUACAGACAACGAAGAGUGAUGAAUCGCAUAUCAUCAUAGAACAUAUAUCGAGUGACAAGGUUCCUCGGGAACAGGGUACCCACAAGCAGAGAUACAUAGAUAUCAGAAUGAUAUCUAUUUCCGUUGGGUGUGGCGUGGGGUUGUUCCUGGCGAUAGUCCUUGGUGCUGUCUGCUAUCGAUGGAAGACCAAGAAACAGACCAAGAAAUCAGACCUAUAUUCAGUUCCAAAGGCGCUUUUGGUGUACUCCCAUACAACGCCAGAAUUCCGUAAUGUUGCCUUUGAAUUUGCUAGGUUUUGUAAAGAAAAGCUACAAAUACAUGUUCUUAAUGAUGAUAUGGAAUCUGAUGUGACUAUUUCAAAUGAGAGUAAAACUAACUGUUCACUCUGGUACAGAGAGAAGCUAUCAAAGUCAUCGGCAGCAAUUAUUCUCUGGAUGUCUAAAGACAAGGAAGAUCAUGAAAGCUCUGAUGAAUUUAAUAUUGGUGUCAAACUAGCUGUGGAUUUAAAAUGUAACGAUUUUAAAGUCAUAUGUGUCUACUUUGAUAAAACACACAAAAGAUCAAUUCCAAAUGUCAUCCAAAAAGAGGCCCGUCUUUUUCAUUUUCCAGCAACAUUGCCCGACUUCUGUACCUAUGUACUUGGGCACAAAAUUUCGCGAAAUAUCACCAUAACGAAAGAAUUGCGUGCACUUAUUUUUAACUUGUCUCUAAAUACAAGGCAAAUGGGACAAUCUUUGGAAAAUACAAUCCCAAAUCAUAGUAUGUUUGAGGAAGAAACAAAAGAUGAAAAUGGAACAUUGCAUCAUGUCAUUCAACACGAAUGCAUGAUCCUUAAAACGGAAGAAAUUGAAGCUCAGCCUUUGUUAAAACAUGAAGAUAUGAAAAAAUCAAAAGACAUCGACACAUCAAUUAAGUCAAUAAAACAGUUUUCUUCACCUGAGAGGAAGGCGCAGUUUAAAAAUCAAAAUUCACGUGGUGUACACAGAUAUGUGCCAUAUCUAACUUCUUAUGACAGUGUAUCAACUUCGGAGUUGUUUGACUCUGGUGAAAUUCAAAAUUCUGAAUCAUCAAAUCAGCGCAGCAGUGAUACAUCUAGUGAACACACACGUUCCAGCGAUUUAAGCAUACAUUGUUUAGAAUUUAAGACAUUGGAGUCCACCCAAUAUGACAAUUCCUCCCAGCUAUCAGGAUACGUGUGCCGAGAACCUACAUCAUCAGCACCUUCACCAACACAAGAAUACGAAGGCGCUGUUCCUUCAUGUUCUACACCCCGCCAGUAUCAUUCUCAAGGCGCUGUUCCUUCAUGUUCUACACCCCGCCAGUAUCAUUCUCAAGGCGCUGUUCCUUCAUGUUCUACACCCCGCCAGUAUCAUUCUCAACUUGUUCAGGUAGAUUCCGAAUCAAUAUCCGACAGUAACGGAAUAGAUAAAGAUAGCCAUGACGAUUGUAAUGUAGACUCCGCAACCUUCCCCAUGGUUCCACUACAUACCAUGUCUCGAUACCGAACAAUUCCUGACGAUGACACUUAUAGCGUGUUCAGCGACGAUAUACAGGAUUCCGAUAUUGAUCUGUGUGAAUUCAUUCACGAUGAAGAUUGUUGAAUAUAUACCAUUACACUAAUGUUCCAACGAUGUGUUAUCUACAAAUCAUCAGCUCACGAUAAGCAUCUUAGGAGUUUGAAAAAGCAAUAGUGUUCCUUAAACGUUUAACGACAUGUGUGUGCGUGCCAUCAAAGGCAUCAUAGUCCUGUGAUAAAUUGAUUUAUCAAGAUAUUUAUCCUAAAUGUAUCUAAAUUUAUAGAAUUUAUUAAAGCUAAACUGAGUCAAUUACGUGUAUGUUGUACAAUCAGUAUAGACAAAGGGCUCGCGGCGGUGUGACCAGUUAACGGGGGAUACUUACUCCUCCUAGGCACCAUGAUCUCACCUCUGGUGUUUCUCAGGAUCUGUGUUUGACCAUAUCUCAAUUUCGUUUUGUUUUUUAUAAGAUGUACGAAAUUGAUCAGUUCCUGACUUUCAACGUACAUUUGAAUGACAUUGUUUUUGCUAUAAGAUGAUCCUACUUAAAAUGAUUUUCAAAUUGCAGCUACUAUUUAAAGUAAACUCCACAUUUUGUAAAUUUUCCUUGUAAUUUUACGAAAAUAAUAUACAUUGUAUGAUGACUCAUCAAUUAAAUUGGUAGUUAUA